GUUUCCCAAUGAGUGGAUCAUGAUGACCGUAUGGUAGGGACUUGCCAUAGUAUGGCUGCUUCCCGAUCUACUCGUGUUACAAGAUCAACAGUGGGGUUAAACGGCUUGGAUGAAUCUUUUUGUGGUAGAACUUUAAGGAAUCGUAGCAUUGCUCACCCAGAAGAAAUCUCUUCUCAUUCUCAAGUGCGAUCAAGAUCACCAAAGAAGAGACCAGAGCCUGUGCCAAUUCUGAAAGGAAAUAAUAACGGAAGAACUUCUGAUGUAAAACAGCAGAGUGCUCGAGAAUGGGUAAGCCCUAGGAAAAGAAGACUUUCUUCUUCGGAAAAGGAUGACCUAGAAAGGCAGGCCCUAGAGAGUUGUGAGAGAAGGCAGGCAGAGCCAGCACUGCCAGUCUUAAAGAACAUUAAACGCUGUCUUAGAGCUGAAGCCACAAACAGUUCAGAAGAAGAUUCGCCUGUAAAACCAGACAAGGAGCCAGUAGAAAUCAGGCGGACAGUAGUGGACCAUGAUGCAGAGUUUCAAGGGGCUAAACGAGCUUGUCGAUGUCUUAUAUUGGAUGAUUGUGAGAAAAGGGAAGUUAAAAAGGUGAAUGUCAGUGAGGAAGGGCCACUUAAUGCUGCAGUAUUAGAAGAAAUCACAGGCUAUCUGACUGUCAAUGGUGUUGACGACAGUGACUCAGCUGUUAUAAACUGUGAUGACUGUCAGCCUGACAGGAACACUAAACAAAAUAGCCCUGGUUCCUGUGUGCUGCAGGAAGAAUCAGUAGCUGGAGAUGGGGAUUCGGAAACCCAGACUUCAGUGUUCUGUGGUAGUGGGAAGGAGGACAGUUGUAUAGACCAUUUCGUGCCUUGCACAAAGUCAGAUGUGCAGGUCAAGUUGGAGGACCACAAACUAGUAACUGCCUGCCUGCCUGUGGAACGUCGGAGUCAGCUGACUGCUGAGUCAGCUUCAGGCCCUGUUUCUGAAGUUCAGUCAUCCUUAAGAGAUUCUGAGGAAGAAGUAGAUGUGGUGGGAGAUAGCAGUGCCUCCAAAGAGCAGUGUAAUGAGAACAGCAGUGACCCUCUGGACACGGGGUCUGAGUGCUUGCCAGCCUCUGGAGAGCCUGAACUGUCCUCUAUGCUAGACUGUGUUUCAGCUCAAAUGACAUCUUUGUCAGAACCUCAAGAACAUCGAUACACCCUGAGAACUUCACCUCGAAGGGCGGCCCAAACCAGAGGUAGUCCCACUAAAAACACAUCUCCUUACAGAGAAAAUGGACAAUUUGAGGAGAAUAAUCUCAGUCCCAAUGAGACAAACACAACUGCUAGUGAUAAUGUAAGUGAGUCUCCCACAAAUCCUGUUGAGAUCUCUCAAGAUGAAAAGGUUCUAUGUUGUGACUCUGAAAACUAUGGAAGUGAAGGACUAAGUAAGCCAUCUUCAGAGGCCAGAAUGAAUAUCGGACAUUUGCCAUCUGCCAAAGAGAGUGCCAGUCAGCACACUGCGGAAGAGGAAGAUGAUGACCCUGAUGUUUAUUACUUUGAAUCAGAUCAUGUGGCACUGAAACACAACAAAGAUUAUCAGAGACUUCUGCAGACCAUUGCUGUACUUGAGGCUCAGCGUUCUCAAGCAGUGCAAGACCUGGAAAGUUUAGGCAAACACCAGAGAGAAGCACUAAAAAAUCCUAUUGGAUUUGUGGAGAAACUUCAGAAGAAGGCUGAUAUAGGGCUUCCAUAUCCACAGAGAGUUGUGCAGUUGCCGGAGAUCGUGUGGGACCAGUACACCAGUAGCCUUGGCAACUUUGAAAGGGAGUUUAAACAUCGCAAAAGACACACUAGGAGAGUUAAGUUAGUUUUUGAUAAAGGGUUGCCUGCUAGACCAAAAAGUCCUUUAGAUCCUAAGAAGGAUGGAGACUCCCUUUCAUAUUCCAUGUUGCCUUUGAGUGAUGGCCCAGAAGGUUCGCAUCAUCGUCCUCAGAUGAUCAGAGGUCGUCUGUGUGAUGACAGCAAACCUGAGACCUUCAACCAGCUGUGGACUGUUGAAGAGCAGAAAAAACUUGAACAGCUACUCCUGAAGUACCCUCCUGAAGAAGUAGAAUCUCGGCGGUGGCAGAAGAUUGCUGAUGAACUGGGCAACCGGACAGCCAAACAGGUUGCCAGUCGUGUACAGAAGUAUUUCAUAAAGCUAACUAAAGCCGGCAUACCAGUUCCAGGCAGAACACCUAACUUAUAUAUAUACUCCAGGAAGUCCUCAACGAGCAGGCGACAGCACCCCCUUAAUAAGCACCUCUUUAAACCCUCCACUUUCAUGACUUCACAUGAGCCACCAGUGUACAUGGAUGAAGAUGAUGAGCGGUCCUGUCCCCAUAGCCACAUGAGCACUGCUGUCGAGGAGGCCUCAGAUGAAGAAAGCAUUCCUGUCAUUUAUAGGAGUUUACCUGAAUAUAAAGAACUAUUACAGUUUAAAAAGUUAAAAAAGCAGAAACUUCAACAAAUGCAAGCAGAAAGUGGGUUUGUGCAACAUGUGGGCUUUAAGUGUGAUAACUGCGGUGUAGAACCUAUCCAAGGUGUCCGGUGGCACUGCCAGGAUUGUCCUCCAGAAAUGUCUUUGGAUUUCUGUGACUCUUGUUCAGACUGCCCACAUGAAACGGAUAUUCACAAGGAAGAUCACCAGUUAGAACCUGUUUAUAAGUCGGAGACGUUCUUAGACAGAGACUACUGUGUGUCCCAGGGCACCAGUUAUAGUUAUCUUGACCCCAACUACUUCCCCGCCAACAGAUGACAUGGAAGAGUGUUGCACUAGUCCUCGUCAACACACAGCAGUGGCAUCAUUAUUAAUGGUGUGCACAGUUUGCACACUCACAGCAUGAGAGCUCCCCGAGUGUUCUCGUCAAGUACAGCUCUGCACUGUGUGGCUGUAGGUCCGCAGCUGAACCUUCCUGGUGAGCCGAGAGGUUCCUUGGUGAAAUCUUCACCACAACUUAAAGCCUUGUAGGUGGUGAUGCUAAAUGGGUGAGGUGGAAACAAGAGCACACAUUAAUGCCAGAGUCAAUUCCAAAGGUUUUAAAGACCUCGGUCAUAAAUAUGAUAAUGAAAGACAAAGUAUUUAUAUUAAAUCAGUUUAGUAGCUUUCAGUUUUGUGAAGAUAGUUUUCAGCGCAGAAACAGACGUAGAGACGAAGUUUUAACCAGUGAUGGUGUUUGCUUCUAGGACGUGUACUCUAAAAGAACUCACUGUCUGGUGGUCACUGAUCGCCUGUAGUAGACUGGAGCUGCUUAACGGUUUGAUACCUAACUUAAUCACGAUGAACUGUCCGUACCAAGAGCAGAGCGAGAGAUAGCUGUGGCUUUGCUUCUGUAGCCAGCUCAUGGGGUGUGAGUGUCAUGAAGUUGUCACGCAGAUAUAUUUUUAAUGUCAUGUUAUAUGAGAUGAUCAUGUGAUGUGUACAGACUAUGUUGAGAAGUGCCAGUGGUAGUAACUGUAAAGUCUGACUCACAACAUUAACCCUUUAAAGUACACAGCCUUCUGCCUCUGUGUGGAGUUGUCAGUACAGCUCGUCAGAGAAAACUGCCUAAUAUAAAAAUCAUAUAUAUGGUGAUAAUUUCUCCCUCUUUUGUAGUCUGCACAAGAUCCAUAAAAGAUUGUAUUUUUAUUACUAUUUAACGAGUGAUUAAAUGUAGUCUGCACAGUGAGCAAGAGUUCACAAUUCUUUUAUACUGCUGGAUUUUGUUGUGCAUCAUUUAAAACAUUUUGUAUGUUUCUUACCUGUGUAUACAGUAUGUUCUUGAAUAAUGUUCAUUUGUCAGGAGAACUGUGAGAAAUAAACUAUGUGGACAUGUUUGUUUAUAUUAUAGAGAGCUUGUUGUGAAUUCCUUGGGUCAAGUUUCGAUUUUUUUUUUUUUUUAAACAAGUGAAAAAGUAGAAUUUGUUAUUUAAAAGUCUGCUUUUCGGCUGUAUUUGCCUUCUGUUCUUUACAAAGGUGAAGCUGUAUUGUGCUGGUGUUCUCAUGUAGCGGCUGAGACACUGCACAGCGAGGUGCUGACUAAUGUCCAGGUGUGGGACCUGAAUACAAGUUAAAGUUUUAUUCUCGUAGGUUUUUCUUAAUAAAAUUAAGUUCCCGUGUGUUGGAUCAAGUGGUUUCCAAAAAUUAUCAAAGAAAGAAAAGAUAGUAUAUAUUCUAUGGUAGAUGGAGUAUUAAUACUAGUUCUUAACAUUGUUUUUUCCUGUUUUUUAAGUUCAGGGAAUUCUUUAAAAUACUCAGCAAGUUAUUAAAAUACCCUGAAUUUUUUAAUUAAGAAAAAUACAGAAUUUUAACUAUAGAAAAGAGAAAUUUAAAUAAUAUAUUGAUUAUGUAUCACUGGUCAUAUUGAUACAGUCUAUUGUACCCAGAAAGAAAAGCUGACAGGCUUUUGUCUCUGGGCUAUUAGUGAAGGAGAGGCAGUCUGAUGAUGUGGAUCUCUGCUGGAUGCUCCAUGCGCAUGCCGAGGGCUUCCUCCCCUCCCCCUCUGCAGUGCGCAGGGCAGGGCACCUCUCUGUAUGGAAGUCGUACCAGGUAGUUGUGUAGAUCCAUCCAGAAGUCCCACAGGAAGUACAGUGUAGAAGGGGGGGAGUGACAACAGUGUAAGGACCACAAGAGCAGACGAACCUACCUGAGUAUAUUUUAAGACUGAGGUGAUAAUGUGGGGUUUUCCUGUUUGAACAGAAAAUAUUUUUAUUUUGGAUUUGUCAGCUCUAAGCACAUUGUCCCCAUGGCUUGCUGGGGACAAUUCCUCGUGUUUUAUUUGAGAGUUGAAGAAGUAGGCAGGCUGUUCUUUGCAAGUAGACCGUCUAUCUCUCUUCCAAGGAAUAUUGGCUGCCCACAGUUGGAGUUGAGAAGUGGUGUCUUCAAGGCUCUUAGUAUGUCAGAUUUAUUUCAUGGUGUGUGAUGCUCAAGUUCUUUGCUACUAACUGGAGGAACAUUUGCUAACACCGGAAGCAGUUGCUGAGGUUAGGGAACAGUUUCCUUUCAUGUGAUGCACUGAUAGCACAUGCUGAUUUAGCACUCUCUGUGCACUGUGCACUGUGGCAACUCAUUGCAUUCUCAGCCCAACAAAGCAGGUUCAAAAGAAGUUAAGUGACUCACCCAGGGUCAUAUUGGUAGGGAAGUGAUAAGACUUUGUCUUUAACCACGAUGGAUCCCUUUGUCAUUCUUGGUUUCCCAAGCAAGAACACCUCCAUUGUCAGAUACUCUGCGUUUUUCAUGCCUUUUUUUCCUCAUGCAAUGCUAGAAUACAAGACUGAGCCAUGUCCAUGUUUGUAAUACAAGAGAGAGAGGCCCUUGUGUGGCUGGACAAGUGCCAGUAUAUCCCAUUGUGACUGGGAGCACACAUGCCUCUCCAUCCCCUCUCACCCCGUCCCGUGGCUUUCCUUGACUCCUCUCCCCCUUCAGUUACAUUAACUCACUGAACACAGUUACUGAGGUGUUAGGGAUGGAGUUGAAGGGCUGGCAGAAAAUGGCACAUCACUGUACUAGAUGAUCUUCUGUAAGCAGCUGUGUGAGAUCUACUGUGUGAGCUUUCGUACUCUGGAGCGCCCGGUUUAAACCUAUGGUCGGGUGCACUGGAGGAAACCAGUGGUUUCCAGUGCAUUUCCCUCUUUGAACUUAUAGAGUUAAGUGUUCAGAGGAAGGGUUACUGCUAGUCAUAGAUCUCAGAGGACAGCAAGCCCGCUUCCAGGGUUUAAGCAUCUGUUAAGUGGAUUGAUUUCUAUUCUCUGACUUUUUAAUAGAUUCUCUAUAAGUAUUUGUUGGUUAUGUGACCCAGUAUUCUUCUUUAGAGGGUACUGGAGCCCAGUAUAUGAGGUGCUAGUGACUCUUGAAAAGCCCGUCACAGGGUACAGGGUCCCUUGACCUGCCCUGGAGGACAGUCUUUGCAUCCAGCUUGACAAUGAAGGGUGUGAUCAGUCAAUCAGAUCGUAUAUCUUGGGUGUAUCUCUGUCACAUUUGCCAUGACAGUUUGGGUCUUAGUCAAGUACCCUUGAUUGAGUUCUAGGAACUAGUUACUGACUUGCAGCCUUUCUAAUUGUAUAUGUGGGAAAAGUGAAGGCACUGAGAAUGAAAACAGCAGUGACCUGUGUGGGGCCUCCUGCAAGAGAGAAGCCAGGAGCUUUGUGGAACUUGUAGACAGCAGAAGACAAUGGUGCUCAGAUAAGCUUAAGUAAAAGAAAAUGAUAAAGAAAAGUAAUGCAGGAGCAUGAGGAGCUCAGUCGCUUCAGUGUGAAAGGCUGAGCAACCCUCAGUGGCAUUCUGGGAAGUAGCCGUGUGGGUCAGCUGCCGGGAGGAGGCAGGAGCUCUGAUGCCAUUGGUAAGGACCCGGGUCAGGGAGAGCUGGGUGCCCCUGGGUAGCUUUGAAGACAGGCAGUGCGGCUUGAGCCAGAUGAGUGGGAGCGGGUGCCCCAUUGAUGGUGUCAGGAAGGGCACAGCACCAGUUUAGGUACAGCCAUGACACAGGGAGUUUACACUUGUGUUCUGAGGUUGUCUGCAUACACAACCUUUUGCUAGGGCAGAAACUGCUACAGUCCAUUCAUAUUUUAAACUCCUGUGGCUUUAUGAUGUCACUUGGAGCCAUUCACAUGGGCGUUGUGUGUCUUAGCUGUUCUGUGGAGGAAAACUGAUGUGCAUUCCCAGGUACUGAUUUCUGUUGAAGUUUUCCAAAGCAGCUGCCAACUAGCCCAGGCUGCCUGCCUGCUGCCUGCUGCCUGCUGCCUCAUUGUGUCACCCAGAGCUGUGGGUGCAGGGUUUGCCAGUGUGUGCUGUGUCUUAGGUUGUCACCGUCUAGCAACACUUUCCAUCCGUGUUCUAAUAUCCAUGCUUCUUGUCAAGUGUAACACUUGGUAGUGGAAGCAUUUCACGCCGUGUGAUUUUUGGGAGCAUGAUACACCCUCUCUGGUAAUAGAGGCCUAAUUGUAACCAAAGAACUGAAUUUCUUGUCUAGCACACACUAACAUUUCUGUUUAGGAACCAGUGCUAGGGAAAAAGAAAUAUGGAAAUAACCAUGUAUUAUGAAUAUAUUAACAAUUUCUCUGUAAUAGCUCAAAUCUGGUCUAUGGCCAAAGUUUAAGUCAUAUAAGUGGAUCAUAAUUUUAAACUAUUUACUGUUUGCUUCUGUUUGGAAUGAAGGCUUUCAAAUGCUUUCCAGAAUGAUGUGAGUUACAAAUAAAUAGAGAAAGAAUCA